AUGGCUCUCGAUUCCACGUUCUCAUUCACUGGGACAACUUUUGACCUCGCAGUAACAGGCCUCGGGGGCUGGCUACUUGUUUUUGGCCCCUUCUCGUCGUUUUUCAAAGACCGGCUGUACCUUUCCGUCGCCUGCUUGUCUUUUCUCGCUGGUCUCGUUUUUGCCAGAUCCACAGGUCUUGUCGAGCCCGUGCAUUUCACAGAACACGGGAACAUCGACGAGGUUGCCGCGACGACGCUGGACCUCAGUCGUAUUGUGUUGGGCGUGCAAUUACUGUUUGCCGGCGUGUCUCUGCCGCGACGAUUUCUACGCACAGAAUGGAAACCCCUCUCAUUGCUCCUUGGACCUGGCAUGUCGGCCAUGUGGGGUUGCAGCACUGCCGUCAUCUGGCUACUGGUACCAGGCCUGAGUCUCAUUCAUGCCAUGACCAUCGCCGCAUGCAUCACGCCAACAGACCCCAUCCUGUCGGCUACCGUCCUCGAGGGCCGUUUCGCAGACCAGAACGUGUCGCGCAGUCUUCGCGAUCUCAUCAUUGCCGAGUCGGGCGCCAAUGACGGCCUCGGCUAUCUUUUCCUGUUCUUCGCCUUGGACAUUGUCAAGUACUACCCAGGCAAGAUCGCUGGCGCGUCUCUCGGCGAAGGCCAGCUUGGCGAGGCCUUGGGUUCCUUUUUCGGCAACACUUGUCUUUACGUCGUCGGUACGAGCAUUCUCUACGGGUGGGUUGUCGGAUAUGCCGCCAAACUUAUGCUCCAGUGGGCAAACAGCAAAGGACACAUCGACCGAGAGAGCUUCGUCACCUACUCGGCAGCACUGGCACUCUUCAUCCUCGGGACCUGCGGCAUGGCUGGCGUUGAUGAUGUCCUGGCGUGUUUUGUCGCUGGCAACGCCCUCACCUGGGAUGAUUGGUUCCGCCUUGAGACGGUCGAGGACUCAUUCCAGCAUGCCAUGGACACACUGCUCAAUACAGUCAUUUUCAUGUGGAUCGGAGCUAGAUCAUCCUAUCGACACAUUCACCAGAUCGAGGACUUGCGGCAGGCUCUUUUCGUGGGAUACUUCGGCCCCAUCGGCAUCUCGGCCAUCUUCUACCUCUGUGUUGGUCUAGAGUUUCUUAGGGGUCUUGAGACUGAAACCGGAGCGCACGGCGAGCUCAGACGCUUGAAAGAGCUCAUGGUGACUGUUGUCUGGUUCCUGGUCGCGUUCAGUGUGUGCAUCUUCGUUUCAGGGUUCGAUCACAUUGUAGAACAUUCGGGUGGACCAAUGUCGAGAAUCGAGCGGCCAGAAGCCUAUAACCAUGUGUUGAAAAGACCCUCGCCCGAGUCAUCAACAUGA